AUGCGUGGCAAUCCAGAAGUCAUAGACUAUCUAAAUAUGUUGAUCGGUGGCGAACUGGCUGCUCGUGAUCAGUAUCUUAUUCAUUCACGUACGCCGAACAUGAAGCGUGAUGAUAUUGUCACAGGUGAAGAUGUUGUAACCUGUUUAAAAGCCGAUUUGGCAUUGGAAUAUCAUGUACGUGAAAAAUUGGCGCAAGGCGUAAAGCUAUGUGAAGAAAAAGGCGAUUACGUGACCCGUGAUAUGCUUCGUCAACAAAUGAACGAUACUGAAGAGGAUCAUACUUACUGGCUUGAAAAACAAUUAGUUUCGGAUGAUUCCAAAUUGGUCUGCGAGUUGAUGAUUGCUAUCGGCAAGAAUUGGGAAAUUUAG